UGCCCGCGAGCCGGUCCAGCUACGAGUGCGGCGGGAGCACGUCCCAGCUCGGCCGCGGUCCUAGCCUCCGGUCCGCCGCGCUCCGGCUGGGGGGGUCUUGGGACGGGAAGCGCGGCGAAUCGACGCGGGCAGCCGGCAGCGGGAAGCAGGGCGGAGGGGGUCGAGGCGCGCUGCGCUGCCACCGGGUCCUUGCCGGGUGCUGCGGGCCCCGGGCGCGCGGGGCUCCGCGGCGCGCGCACUAUGCGGGCGGAUUGCCGGCCGCCGCGAUGGCGAACCGGGCUCCGCUGAGAGCCGCGUACAGUCCGCAGGGUCCCCGAGGCCAGGCCGCGCCCGCCGCCACCGGCCGGGCCGCGCUGCCCAGCGCUGGCUGCUGUCCCCUCCCUCCUGGCCACAACUCCUCCUCCAGGCCUCGGCUUCUCCUGCUGCUGCUCCUGCUGCUCCAGGACGCUGGAGCCCAGCAAGGUGAUGGAUGUGGACACACUGUACUAGGUCCUGAGAGUGGAACCCUCGCAUCCAUCAACUACCCACACACCUAUCCUAACAGCACCGUGUGUGAAUGGGAGAUCCGAGUAAAGAUGGGAGAAAGAAUUCGCAUCAAAUUUGGUGACUUUGACAUUGAAGAUUCUGAUUCUUGUCACUUUAAUUACCUGAAAAUCUAUAAUGGAAUUGGAGUCAGCAGAACAGAAAUAGGCAAAUACUGUGGUCUAGGUUUACAAAUGAAUCAGUCAAUUGAGUCCAAAGGCAGUGAAAUCACAGUGCUGUUCAUGAGUGGAAUCCAUGCUUCUGGACGAGGAUUUUUGGCUUCGUACUCAGUUAUAGAUAAACAAGAUUUAAUCACUUGUUUGGAUAAUAUAUCUAAAAUUUGGGAACCUGAGUUCAGUAAAUACUGCCCAGCUGGCUGUCUGCUCCCUUUUGCUGAAAUAUCUGGAACAAUUCCUCAUGGAUACAGAGAUUCUUCGCCAUUGUGCAUGGCUGGAAUCCACGCAGGAGUAGUGUCAAAUGUCCUGGGCGGCCAGAUCAGUGUUGUGAUUAGCAAAGGUACCCCGUACUAUGAAAGCUCUUUGGCUAACAACGUCACUUCCAUGGUGGGCUAUUUAUCUACAAGUCUGUUCACAUUUAAGACAAGUGGCUGUUAUGGGACUCUGGGGAUGGAAUCGGGUGUGAUUGCUGAUCCCCAAAUAACAGCGUCAUCUGUGCUGGAGUGGACUGACCACAUGGGGCAGGAGAACAGCUGGAAGCCAGAGAAGGCUAGGCUGAGAAAACCUGGGCCUCCCUGGGCUGCUUUCGCCACUGAUGAGCACCAGUGGCUGCAAAUCGACCUGAAUAAGGAGAAGAAGAUAACAGGUAUUGUAACCACUGGAUCUACCAUGGUAGAACACAAUUACUAUGUGUCUGCCUAUAGAGUUCUGUACAGUGACGAUGGGCAGAGAUGGACUGUGUAUAGAGAGCCUGGUAUGGAGCAGGACAAGAUAUUUCAAGGAAACAAAGAUUAUCACAAGGAUGUUCGUAAUAACUUUUUGCCACCAAUUAUUGCACGUUUCAUUAGAGUGAACCCUGUCCAAUGGCAACAGAAAAUUGCCAUGAAGGUGGAACUCCUCGGAUGUCAGUUUACUAUCAAAGGCCGUCUUCCAAAGCUUACUCAGCCUCCACCACCUCGGAACAGCAAUAACCUCAAGAACACAACAGCUCCUCCCAAACUAGGUAAAGGUCGUGCCCCUAAAUUUAACCAAGCACUUCAGCCUCGAAGUAGGAAUGAACUUCCUGCACAGACAGCACAGACAACUGCCACUCCAGAUAUAAAAAAUACGACUGUAACUCCCAAUGUAACCAAAGAUGUCGCACUGGCUGCUGUUCUUGUUCCUGUACUGGUCAUGGCCCUCACCACGCUCAUCCUCAUUCUAGUGUGCGCUUGGCACUGGAGAAACAGAAAGAAGAAAACAGAAGGCACCUAUGAUUUACCACACUGGGAUCGGGCAGGUUGGUGGAAAGGAGUGAAGCAGUUUCUCCCUGCCAAAUCCCUGGAACACGAGGAGACGCCAGUUCGCUACAGCAACAGUGAAGUCAGUCACCUGAGUCCAAGAGAAGUCACCACAGUGCUACAAGCUGAUUCUGCAGAAUAUGCACAGCCCCUCGUGGGAGGAAUUGUGGGCACACUGCAUCAGAGAUCUACCUUCAAACCUGAAGAAGGAAAAGAAGCAGGCUACGCGGACCUGGAUCCUUACAAUUCUCCGGUGCAGGAAGUGUACCAUGCCUAUGCCGAACCGCUGCCCAUAACGGGGCCUGAGUAUGCGACCCCAAUCGUCAUGGACAUGUCAAUGUCAGGGCACCCCACAGCCUCAAUUGGUUUGCCCUCCACAUCCACUUUCAAAACGGCAGGGAACCAACCUCCUCCCACGUUAGUGGGAACUUACAACACACUUCUCUCCAGGACUGACAGCUGCUCCUCCUCGGGCCAAGCUCAGUACGACACCCCGAAAGGUGGGAAGCCAGCCGCUGCCCCAGAGGAACUGGUAUACCAGGUACCACAGAGCACCCAGGAAGUAGCAGGAGCAGGAGGGGAUGGGAAGUGUGAUGUUUUUAAAGAAAUCCUCUGACAGUGGUGCUGCUUUUUACAAAGCAUCCAUUUAAAGCACAUGGCUUUUUCGUUGGUAGUGGUAGUAAUAGUAGAAUGUAUUAUGUAUCUGUCACUGAAGUGGUUAGGGGGAUGUGGUGACCGAGGUACAAGAAACUACUUAUCUUGCCAUCUGGCUUUAAAGGUGUUACUGUGGGGCACAUUUACUGCUUGCCUGUUACAUUUCAAACAUCCUGUUUGUUACUACUGUAAAACACUAUUUUGAAUACAGAAAAAGCUCCCUAUAAUGCACUUCAAAGAACCUGAAAAAUCACUGAGUAUUUAUUACCAAUGCUGCAGGUACAUUAAUGAACUUGAGAUGGUUCUGUAAGCCUUGCUGGCAAUAAUGCAUGGUACUGUUCUUGAAAUAUCAAAUGGCUUGAAAUUCUCCCUUUGUGAAAGGUAGGUACUAUCAUGUUCUCCUCCUCUUUCCACCCUGAAUCACUGUCUGCAAUCUUUUUUCCUCCCAACAGCGAUCCAUAAACAUUGUCCUAGCUGCAGCCAUGUGCACUGCUCUGUAUUUCCCUAGGAGGGUGCAUAGUUGGCGCGCCCUGCCUUGCAGUACACUGGGUGACAGAUUCCUCGUGUGAUGCCACUCUUUUAACACCUGGUGGCACAGGUCUCACCUAUGCUCAUCCCACCCAGGACAUCUUGUCACCUUGCUCCAUGCUGUGUUUAUUAAUGCUGGUGGCCUCUUUUUCAGUAGGCAGUCUCUUCCCAUCGUUAAGUCUACGUCUUCUCAUGGAAAUGAGAAACAACUUACAAUUUAGAAAAGCUGCAAAGGGAAUAAUCCCUCUGCUUCACUCUGAAGUGAUACGUAAACUACUUUACAGAAGAACUGCAGACUAAAAUUUAAUUAACCUUCGUUUUAUUUACACACAAGCCCAAAUACAAAAAUUUUCUGAGUCCCAAGAUAUUUUAUAAUUUUAGUCAUGCCUUAUUUUAGUUUUCUUCAGUAAACUAUUAUAAGAAAAAGAAAACCAGCAUUAACAAGACCUGAUUGAUGGCUCAGGCCUGCAAUCCCAAAUACCUGGGAAGCUGGGGCGAGAGGAUCCCAAGUUCAAUGCUUUGAGGUCUACAGAGUAAGUUCAGGAUUAACCUAGGCCAUUCAGGAAACCCUGUCUCAAAGAAAGAAGCGGGUGGGGCUAUGUCUUGAUGGUUUCUGCUUGCCUACAGCAAAAGUGAGGUCGUAGAUUCAAUCGUAGUGCUGCCAAAAGAACAAAGAGCCAACAUGCAUUCUCCAGGUCUGUGUGAUUCUGCGGGAAGGGACCUGAGUGUCCUUUGUGUCAGACCUAGCUGACCAAUGCCAGAGCAUGGGAGCUAUGUGAUUCUUCCCAGCAACUUACUUGUCACUGCUUGAGCAUGACCUGCCCUGCUCUCAUUUCAGAUAGGGUAAAUUAGACACUAAUGGAUUAGCCUGUAGUGCAGAAACCACCUUCUAAUAUCUGUUGACUGGCAAGAUAACUGAGGAAGCCCACAGAUUACACAUAAAACUCUGUAUUCCUGUCCACAAACCUGUUGUUGGUUUAGUUUUAAAGUAUACUGGGCCAUCAGGUCCUGGUCAUUUUUCUCAGCCUGUACCAUCCAGGUUAUAUAUUAACAAACUUCACUAAAUUUGGAUCGCAGUAAGCAGUAUUGACUUAGCUUCCUUCCACAAGUACAUCAGUAUUUUAAAACACUGCUUCAGAAACAGAACUGUUUCUGCAGGUUCUCUCUUCUGAUUUUGUUGUUAUUGUAACUUGUCUUUUGUUUUGCAGACUUUGAAGUACAAUUUCACUCACUGAAAAUUCAAUGCAUAUUUUGUUUCAAGGUAACAAAGCAAAAAGCACAGAUAUUGAAUUUGUACUGAAACCCUGAAGAAUGUGUAAAGCACACAGUGUAGUUGUCCCCUUUCAGGUGGGAACAAAGUAAACCAUUUGCUGUCUUAUUUCUAGUCAUGCUUAGUAUGCAGAGUAGAAUUUUCUUGGAGUCAGAUUCCUGUUGGAAGCUUUAAGAGAGACAUUGUGAAGAUGAAGUCAUUUUCCCAAAGAAGCUUGCUAUUUGGUAUCACUGUCUCAGAUAAUUUUUCCCAGAACUUUUUAAUAAUAAGUGAGACCAUGUUUUCUGGUAAGAUAUUGUAAGACUUGAUCCAUAUUGCCACUGUGCUGUCUUUGAACUCUACCAAUGGUUUUCAUAAAAUGUCUAGUUAUUUUUACAUAUUUUCACUUUGCAGAUGAAGAGCUGAGCCUAAUUCAAAUGAUUUUUUUCUGGUUUUGUAUUUUUACUUUGGUUUUUUAUUAGAUUGUUUUAGGUUCUCGGUCACUUACAUGUCUGAUACAGAGCUUUGGAAGACAAUCAAGUAAAAUGUGAAAGGAACCAUUUCUUGACCAAAUUCCUUGAUAUUUUUUUAAUUCUCUGACAUAUUCAAUAGUUAAAUUGCUGUAACUUAUCUGGUUUUCCUUUUCCCAAUAAAUACACUUAUAGAAAUAUGCAGACAGUAGUGUAGCAAGUAUGGCCUUUGGAGGUUUCAUAAAAUUACACUGACUUGGCUAUUACUUGCUCCUUGGAACCAACACAGAUAAAGAUGGUGUGAAUUCUGGUUUGCGUUUUAUUAAAUGCUGUUUGUAGAUCCAAGUAGUUCCUGUUGAAUAUGCCAGGUCUAGUCCAGUUAUUUAAUUCAUGUUUCACUAUUUGCACUUUGCAUUGAACAAUGGGUUUAUUCGCUGUUCACUUAGAGAAUUUAUACAGUCAUGUGUGCGCUUCUCCUGUCUGUCCCAGAGACGAAGCACUAACUGAGGGUGUGGCACAAAGCUGUGGCCAGGAAUUGAUCAGGAGCUUCUCUGCCUUGGCUCCACAUUGUCACCUGGAAAGUAGAAAACCAAGGCGGAUAGACCACUAGAAAGACCCCAGAGACCAUGGGGGACUCUGGGGGGGGGGGGUUCCAGACCCUCUGCGGAGAACUGAUGAAGUUCUUUGUAGGAGUUGUUAAUUCUACCUUUUGGUUUUGAACUUGAAGUCCCUAAACUGCAAAAUCUAGUGAGUUGGAUGGUUCGAGUGUGUUUAGGUUAACUGUGGCACCAAUUCUUAUUUAGUCCAGCUUAUGUGUAGUUUCUCUUGUUUUCCAUUUUUGGCACUGGGAAUGGUAAAAAUAAAACAUGUAUUGAAAUACAGAGGAAGUGAAAAUGUGUCAGUUAUAUUCUCCCAGAAUGUAUUUUUCUUACCUCGGCAUGUACUGUAGUCACUUGAUAUUUGUAUAUGUUGCUAGAAUUUAGGCUGUUGAAAAUAGUGAGAUUCUAAUGUGUUUUUAAUAAAUUAUGUGUCUUGCUCAGAUUAUUUGGAUUAAAUAAAACAACCUUGACAUCA